ACGACACAUCCUUUCUCGUCAAAAGGGAAGAUGCAAUUGACCUAUUCUCUCUUAUCUUGUGAUGGAGUACGUCAAAGGUGAAAGGUGCGGUGUCGAAAAUUGCCGUUCCAAUCGAUACUAUGUUGAAGACGGCCUCUGGUUCUGCAGAAACGGCCAUCGGAAGGAGGGCCGGAUUCAAGUAGAAGAGGAUGAAGAUGCAUUUGGAACUCAAGGAAAGAAGACCAGAAAGAAACGAGAAGCUCGUGAAUUAGAAUCCAAAGUUUAUCGUGGGCCGCGUGCCUUCCAUCUCUAUCUACAAGCGUAUCAGUUUAUUUUAAGGAAGCAGGUUCAUUGUUUAGUACACCAAAAGGGCCUUCCUGCGGAACUUGAGUUCGUUGUACGCGAUCUGUGGGCUCUGCGUCUCCAGUCAUUCAAGUCCAAGGCUGAGGAUAUCUCUGACACUGAUGGUCAAUCCUUGGUAUUCAGCUCACAAGCUGAGGAUACGGACGCUUCUGAAGUGGAUUCUCGGAAAUCGAGAGGACGGAGAUCAGGCUAUCAUGCCCCGACAAUGAUUGAGACCCUGGCUUUGUGCUAUAUUGGUACACUGAUGCUAAGAUUACCUGUCAGUGUCGGUGACUUCAUAAGAUGGGCCAAACGGGAAGAGAUCGUGUAUUUCAGAGCUGUCAGAUGGGUUCCGAUGGCUGUCAAGUCUCGACUGCGCGGUCAAUGGCUAGAAGCACUCGAUUCUGUUGCAACCUUACGAGCGGAGCAUUUGCAGCAGGCGGUUCUACGGCUGAUUUCUCUCUUCACGACAACUUUUGACAUAGCGAUGCCACCACUUAACCAUUCAUUACUUUUGUUUAGUUAUAUAAAGGGGCUUGCGCUUCCUUUGGAUCUGUAUCCCGCAGUUCUACGCCUCGCCGAGACUGCUGGUGUGAGCUUUACAUUUCGGCCCUCUUCGGGACUUCUGACAGUCCUUCCGGAGGUGCAAUUGAUUUCGCUUCUUAUCAUGGCGGUCAAGCUUUGCCAGCCUUUGGAUUCUAUUCCUCGGUAUCCUCAGUCACAAGUUGAGCCAGCUACGCUCCUGGUGGAUUGGGCGACCUGGGCUGCCGCUUCUCGGGAUCCAAAUGUCUCUGAAAGUGCGGUGCAUGGCACUACUAAAGAAAGGCAAUCCGAAAUAAAAGAAGAAGACGUGUUUAAAAUGACGGAAUAUGACAUCGAUGAUUACCUAGGGUGGUUUGAACAAACAUGGGUUGAGAAGGGUGAGCACAAACUCCCGCAGCAACUAUUGGAAAUGUUUCCUACAGACCCAAGUGCAAAACUCGCGGAUAAACCCUCAUCGACGCAAAGUUUCAACAGUCCCCUUUCCUCGAGGGAGGACGGAAUAAAAAGAAUUCAAGAAACUCUAGCUUGCCAGCAGAUUGUUCCAGGAGUAUCCCAAAACAACGUCAAUCGUCCAGGAAGUUAUUAUAAACAUUUUAGACGCGGAGAAGACAUGUCCUCUACAGCAAAACGCCUAUUUCAGGCUGCCUCAGAUCUUAUAGGGGUUUCAAUAGAAACGCUGGUGAAGAGUGUUUUUGCACUAGAGUGCAAGUUUCAAAAUUGGAAUCACGAGGAGAAGAGGAAGGAGGUGGCGAGCCUCUUCAGACCGGCCUCUCCGGACGACAUGAAUCAACAGCUUUGAUAUACCGGGUGC